ACUGUCACGUUCUGGUGUUGAUCGGACCAUUUCUCCUCAAUAUUUUUUAGUUCCCUCUCAGCUCCCAUUUCACGUUCCGCCUUGCUACGCUACUCUCUCUUUCUCUCUCUAUCUCUGUAGUUCUUACCAAAUUUCACGACUCUCCGAGAGAAAAUGAGCAAGGGACCUGGACUUUUCUCUGAUAUUGGCAAGAAAGCCAGAGAUCUGCUGACAAAGGACUAUAUCUCCGAUCAGAAACUAUCUAUUUCAACCUACAGUGACACUGGAGUGGCCCUUACAUCAACUGCAGUAAAGAAGGGAGGGCUUUCAACUGGAGAUGUUGGAGCACAGUACAAAUAUAAGAACACUUUGAUUGAUGUCAAAGUUGAUACAGGGUCAAACAUCUCAACUACUCUUACUCUCAACGACAUUGUCCCCUCAACAAAAACUAUUGCCUCUCUGAAGUUCCCUGAUUACAGUUCUGGGAAGCUAGAGGUUCAGUACUAUCACCAUCAUGCUGCCUUUAGUACAGCUGUCAGUCUGAAUCAAAGUCCUACAGCUGAUCUCUCGGUCACACUUGGUACUCCCACUUUCGCCAUCGGUGCAGAGGCGAGUUAUGAUACUGCAGGGGGUAAACUUGCAAAAUAUACUGCUGGCAUUAGUGUGACAAAACCAGAUUCCUGUGCUGCUAUAAUACUGGGUGACAAAGGGGAUACGAUAAAGGCAUCAUAUAUACAUCAUCUAGAUGAAGUGAAGAAGAGUGCUGCUGUGGGCGAGAUCACUAGAAGGUUCUCCACAAAUGAGAACACUUUCACAGUUGGAGGAUCAUAUGCUGUUGAUAACCUGACAAUUCUGAAGCUCAAGCUCAAUAAUCAUGGCAAGCUGGGGGCUCUACUGCAGCAUGAGCUCAUUCCGAAGUCAUUGUUGACUAUUUCUAGUGAGUUUGACACCAAGGCCUUGGAUAAGACACCCAGGUUCGGUGUGGCCCUUGCUCUUAAGCCUUGAACUGCAUCUUCGGAUGUGUACAACCAAAAAUUUGUUUGGGGUAGUGCCUGGAGGACAGGUGCUCAAUAAAUAGUUCAACAAACUGGUGGUUUUUUUCACUGAUUAAAUGAUUUCUGGAAGAGUUUCUCCGAUACUAGGACCUUUUUAUGGUCUUUCUUUAGUUUUCCUUGUCUUUUCAUUCCCUUUUGAGAAAAGUAUAGAGAUGAAGAGUUUUUUGUGUUCCCUCUGGAAGAGUUUUUUUGUUUGGCAUGAUGCAAUAGCUGACUUAUCGAUUGCCUAAAUUUAGAUUUAACUUGCUAAA